CCACCACCUACAAGCCAUUACGAACCACCCUGCCGCCUGUCUCUGCCUGCCACCCUCUUCACCUGCGUGUGGCUCCCUUCCCUUACUGAACAUCUAGUUUUCAUCGCCCCAGAACCUCUACACCACACACCAGCUUGCCGUUAAUAUGAUACUGAGAUUCUUUAGCCGCGAGGGGCAGUUCCGCCUCGACGUGCAGCCCUCUACGACUUUCACAGAUAUCAUACCUCAAGUCGCCGAGAAGCUGCCUAAAACGGUCGACAUAAAGUCCAUAUCUGUGAGCAACAAGCCGCAUGGCGGCGAUCAUAGGAAGCUCAGCACGCUGAAAGGCGUCACGUUUGGCCAGGUGGGCCUCAGCCACGGAGCUCCUCUUUACCUAGAUUUCACCGAUCAGCAGUCGGUAUCCAACGGACACUCAGAGCCCGGAGCUACUUCGAACCGUUUGAACGGCCGCGCCGUGUCACCCUCAGAAGCUGCACCCGUCACGGUCCCGCUAGGAUCGCCUACACAGCUCAUAAAGAACCCCUGGGAGGUCGUGAAGCAGUCACCUUUGGACGACAGACUAGACAAGCUCGAUAGCAAGAUACCCCGAAAGCUCGAUCAGAAGAUGUGCAGGCACGGGCCGAAGGGCAUGUGCGACUAUUGCAUGCCUCUGGAGCCCUAUGCGCCCGAGUAUAUGCUGGAGAAGAAAAUCAAGCACCUCUCCUUCCACUCGUACCUGCGUAAGAUCAACACCGGGAAGAACAAGCCAGAAUCGGGGACCUCAUACAUGCCGCCACUCAGCGAACCAUACUACCGCGUGCGACCAGAUUGCCCAGCAGGACACAAGCCUUUCCCCGAAGGCAUCUGCACAAAAUGUCAGCCCAGUGCGAUAUCGUUACAACCGCAGGAAUACCGAAUGGUGGAUCAUGUCGAAUUUGCCUCGCCUGACCUCAUAAACUCACUUCUGGAUUUCUGGAGGACAAGCGGGAGCCAGCGACUGGGUUUUCUCUAUGGAAGAUAUGAGGAGUACACCGAGGUGCCGUUAGGAACAAAGGCUGUCGUUGAAGCCAUCUACGAACCCCCGCAGAUCAACGAAGCCGACGGAGUUUCGCUUGGAGAAUGGGAUAAUGAGAAGGAAGUGGAUGAGAUCGCGAGAUCAUGCGGGCUAGAGAAGGUCGGGGCCAUCUUCACAGAUUUACUAGAUUCAGGAGAAGGAGACGGCACCGUGAUAUGCAAGAGACACAUCGACUCCUACUUCCUCUCAUCACUGGAAAUUCAAUUUGCUGCACGGUUACAGGCCAAGUACCCAAGACCCACGAAAUGGAGCGAGACUGGAAAAUUCGGAUCGAACUUUGUUACUUGUGUGAUCAGCGGCAAUGAAGACGGCGAGAUUGGCAUCGCUUCAUACCAGGCUUCAAAUGCGGCUGUGGAAAUGGUCAGGGCGGACAUCAUCGAGCCAUCUGCUGAGCCGUCGGUAAUGCUCGUCCAAGCGGAAGAAGACAACGACGUCCUCAACAAAGCGAGAUACAUCCCGGAAGUCUUCUACCGUCGAAAGAAUGAAUAUGGUGUCAACGUUCAGGAGAACGCGAAACCCUCGUUCCCAGUAGACUACUUACUGGUUACUCUCACCCACGGCUUCCCCAACGAAUCAAACCCAAUCUUCAUAGGCCCGAAGUUCACGAUCGAGAACCGAGAGCUUAUCGGCCAGAUGCAAGAACCAUCAACCUUGUCCAAGGCAUUGAACGCGAAGGCGAACGGCGUUGCUCUGAACACGUCGAGUGGAGUCAAGUCCGUGUCUGAUUUCCAUCUCAUUACCUUCGUCCACAAGCUUGGCAUAUUAAGCAAGGACGAAGAAACCCUCCUCUACCGCGUCGCAAGUAAACACGACCUAUCACAAGGCCUGCAGCUACAGCAUAGCCCAGGAUGGGCGACUCUUCUGACCAUCCUGAAAGAAAGCGUCACCGCCCAAGACCACACGAUCCAAAUCCUCUCGCGCACCCUCCAAUCCUCCAACCUCCCCCACAUGCUCUUCUACGGCCCGCCCGGCACCGGCAAAACCUCCACCAUUCUCGCGCUCGCAAAGCAGCUCUACGGGCCCGACCUCAUCAAAUCCCGCGUGCUCGAACUCAACGCCUCCGACGAGCGCGGCAUCUCCAUCGUGCGGCUGAAAGUCAAAGACUUCGCGCGACAGCAGCUCAGCAACGCGCCGAACUACAACGUCAUGGUGGACGAUGGCACGGCCGCUGGAUCGAAGCAGGUCAGGUAUCGGGAUAAGUAUUCGGCGCCGCCGUUCAAGAUUGUGAUUUUGGAUGAGGCGGAUAGUAUGACCCAGGACGCGCAAUCCGCGCUGCGGAGGACGAUGGAGACGUAUAGCAAGAUGACGAGGUUUUGUCUCGUGUGUAAUUACGUUACGCGUAUUAUCGAUCCGCUCGCGAGUAGGUGCAGCAAGUUCCGGUUUAAGAGCUUGGAUGAGGGGAAUGCGGUGGCGCGGGUGGAGUUCAUCGCGAAAGAGGAGGGGGUCAGGUUGAAUCCUGGAGUUGGGGAGGAGUUGGUGAGGGUCAGCGACGGGGAUUUGAGGAAAGCAAUCACGUUCUUGCAGAGUGCGGCGAGAUUGGUGGGGCAGGCGGCGAAGAAUGGGAAUGGGCAUGCGGAUGCUAUGGAUAUCGAUUCUGACGACGACGUUAGCAAGGGUUCGGGUGCGGCUGUUACCAUGGAGCAUGUCCAUGAGAUCGCGGGUGUGAUACCGACGCCGACGCUCGAGCUGCUGCUGGACAGCAUGCAGCCCUCGGCUUCGAAAACGAUACAGUUCAAGACUAUUAGCAAGGUGGUCGAGGAUAUGGUUGCUGAUGGGUGGAGCGCUGCCCAGACGGUGUCACAACUCUACGAACAGGUGCUGUUCGAUGAGCGGAUUGGAGAUCUGCAGAAGAACAAGAUCGUGAAUGUGUUUAGCGAGGUGGAUAAACGACUCAUCGAUGGAGCAGACGAGCAUCUUGCUGUGCUGGAUCUCGCCGUAAGGGUAGCCGGCGUGAUAUGUGAGGGCUAG